ACUUGUCGUGCUUGACGACCGCAAGUACGUCAAGUGGGCAGAUGAUCUAGGAGAUGUAUCGAUGUUCCCUUCGAUGAAGGAGAAUGUCGAAGCAAGGAGAAUAAAGACGAGUAAAGGAAUGGACCCGGUCAAGAGCCAGAGCAUCAAGAUAAUCUUUGAGAGGGAUAUCGCGACCACACCCAUAAGGGUGGAAGCCACCAAGUCAGCAAGAGGGUCUACAUCGAAAAAGACUGACACGGAUUACGUGAUGACGGAGAAGGACGGGCAGCGGAUCGAUGGAGAGGAGGUUAUCCUUUCGCCACGAAAGAGGGGAGUGAAGAAGUUCUUAAUGAAGAGUUCGCUGGACCAGAUUGACACGGUUGAGCCACUGAGGCGCGCUCUUCGGCAACCCAUGCAGUGCUCUAUUCUGGAGUACCUGGCGGCAUCGAAGCCAGCUCGUGAUGAGUUACAGAUAAUCACGCGGAAGACUCGCAUACCUCUAUCGGAGGAGGGUCAGGGGGCCCUUAAGGCUGAAGCUUCUACGGUAGCAGUAACGGGGAUGACUGCUAGAGCGGAUCGCAUGACGACACUCCUUCUCGAUGGAAUGGAAGGUGUGCUUACAGACAAGUUUUAUAUACUUGGUAGCGGGGCCGUAGAGACGAUUAUAAACGAUGGAGAGGUACUCGAUGCUGUGAUUGAUAACGGCAGUGAGACUGUCAUCAUAGACGAGGACCUGGCGGUACAAGUUGGACUGGGCCUCGAUAGGUCAUACCUAUUCGAGAUAGAGACGGCUGAAGGGAGAAAGCAACAGAUCACUGGGGUUUGUCACAAGGCAGCCAUAGAGGUCCAAGGGGUACGAGUGACCCUGCCUGUCUUUGCAGUCAAGAACUGCAGCUCCGACCUGCUCUUGGGUCGAACGUGGUUGAGCCACGUGCAUGCGGUGACGAUAGAGCGACCUGAUGGGAGCCAAACAUUAUCCAUUAAGAAGUCAGACGGGACGCGGGUAAUGAUUGAGACAGUGGAGCCUCGGGACCCGAGGAACAGAGCAGCUCUCACUGUGGGUGCAAGCCCCAGUGAUCAGAUUGAGUCGUUGCCUAUCUCCAGCCGCUCGGUGCGAUUUCGCGAGAAGAAAUAUGGACCACUGCUCACAGAAGAAGAAGGUCGGGUGGUGGAGGUAGAAGACUUAGGGAGUCGGCUAAUAGUGGACGGCAACUCGUACCCGAAGGAAAAAGAUGAGGAAUUUGGCGGUGUGGUAUCUGUGUCUUUUUUAAGGGCACGGCCCCCUAUGGGAGGCUCCCCAAGCGACACAAGCGAGUAGCUCAAAAAGUUACGCCAGCGGCGGUGGGCCGCGAGAGAUCGGCACUGAAAGG